GUAAAAAUUGAAAGGGUAACAUUGGGAGUAAAAAUUAGAGUGCCGGAAACCUCAUAACUACUUAAAACUGGAAACGUCUCCGGUUUUACGUAUUCCAGAGACCACCAAUCCCAAACAGUCACUGAAAAAUGUUGGCAGUUUUUGACAAAACGGUAGCUAAGUGCCCGGAGGCGCUGCAGAGCCCGAACUCUGGUUCUAACUCCGCGAUGAAAGAUGGGUUCUUGGCCAAGCAUUUUGGGUCAGUCCACCCCGGUUCUGUCACUGUCAAUCUUGGCUCUGCUGGUGUUAUUGCUUACUCCCUUGACAAGCAAAACCCUCUCCUCCCUAGAUUAUUUGCGGUUGUAGACGACAUUUUCUGCUUAUUCCAAGGGCACAUUGACAAUGUUGCGGUCCUUAAGCAACAAUAUGGCUUAAAUAAAACUGCAAAUGAGGUGAUCAUUGUUAUUGAAGCUUAUAGAACCCUCCGAGAUCGAGGGCCUUAUCCUGCUGAUCAGGUUGUCCGAGACAUCCAAGGGAAAUUUGCUUUUAUUCUAUAUGAUAGCUCUUCAAAAACCACAUUUAUAGCUGCUGAUACUGAUGGAAGUGUACCUUUCUUCUGGGGAGCUGAUUCUGAAGAUAAUCUUGUUCUUUCAGAUGAUGUUCAGAUUGUGCAGCAGACCUGUGGGAAAUCAUUUGCACCAUUCCCUAAAGGAUGCUUCUUUACAACUUCGGGAGGCUUGAGGAGCUUUGAGCACCCUCUGAAUGAGUUGAAGCCAGUUCCAAGAGUGGACAGUUCAGGUCAGAUUUGUGGUGCAACUUUCAAGGUGGAUGCAGAGACUAAAAAGGAAGGUGGCAUGCCAAGAGUUGGGAGUGCUUACGACUGGUCCUCAAACUACUAAGGAGCUAUAAAGUUUUUCUCAAUGGGGCUGGUUGUUAACAGCCCUUGUGUUGGUUUUGCAAUAUCUUCUUCUGAUCUUACAUUCCGAUCUUUUAUGAUUUUGCUGCACAAACAGAUCACUUUAUAUUGCUGUUAGUAUUUCCCAAAAACAGGACAGCAAUUUACAGUGCUGUAAGUGUUGCUUAGUGUCCAACUAAGCCCUAACUUUUGUGGGGCUUAACAUAAAAUAAGAUCUACCUUGCAUA